AUGGCAAAGGCAAUCAAGAUAGAGCAAUUACUUCUGCAAAAUCCGUCGACGUCGGAUGGGGAAAAGCCACGACCGCGCACGCCCGCUGUGAGGAAGAAUGCCACCCAGAACCGUCAUCCGACACCUCGUCCGGACCUGGUGCUGAAGACCUCAUCUACCGCUCUCGUACCGGCAAGUUCGCCAGCCACCGACCGAUUUUCAUGGGAGCUCGACAAGGAGGAAUUGACGUCGGUCCGACGUCGAAAACGAAAAUCCCCCGUCGAGGAUGAGGUGUUUCCGACGAGGAAGGCCAUCAGGCUCCCCAGAUUUUCCGUCAACAUCUUCCACUCAGAGCCAGUCAACGUCUUUCCUAUUCCCAACGAAGGCGUAGUUCCGCGCAUGGUGAAGUAUUACUUGCAAGUUUGGGCGGAGCAGCAUGGUCGAGCACUCGCCUUUGAGGGUCAUCCAAAACCAUACCAGUCACUGGUGUUUCCGUACGCUCUGGAGCACGCGGUACUGUUUGAAGCCAUGGUGGCGCUCAGUCGUGCGUCGUGGCUUCUGCAGGAAGGAAUCCCUUGGUCCAAGGACAGCGCGCUUGCCUAUCAUCGUGCCAAUGCCUUCGCUGCGCUUCGCCUGAGGCUGACGUCUGAAGUAACGUGUGCGGAUGACACCACGAUCUGCACCAUUGCGGCUCUCACGACAAUCGAUUACAUGCUCGGAGUCCACGAAGGCGCAGAACACCAUAUUAAUGCUAUGCAACAGAUCCGCAAGAUUCGAACCGACCUCAAAGGUGACACGCCGUGGCAAUACUUUGUCAUUUCCGCAAUGAAAGCUUACGAUGCGCUGUGGCAGUUUGUCAAGGAUAGAAACGAGGCUACUACCAGUAUGGCCCAGCUCUCCAUCGAAUCACCUUUGCGUAAUGACCUACCCGUCUAUCCCUCUCUCCCGUUCAACAUCAAAGUCUGCGAGGCUCUGUCCAAGGUUUCGACCUCUUUUAACGACAUGGCCAUGGCGGGCGAAAUGUCCAUUCAAAUGAUCGAUAUUCUGGCGAAUCUAUCUACAACAGCAAGAGGCGAUGGCAGUGCCACUCCAACCAGCUCCCCUCCGAGCUCACCUGGAGGGCGAAAUUUGUUGAACACAAUCGCUGAUCUCAGGUGUUUGUCGGUGAUGGCCACGACUUCCAUCGAGCACCAACUCUGCUUUGGCGUGAUUGGGACCUGCUUCACCCUCCACUUUGGCGACGGCAAAAUCGGCGAAGAGUUCAACGAAACACUCCAAGAGCUUGAAGAUAACCUAAUCGGGAACGGCAAGCUCCGGCCGCAGCAAGAGAAAGCCCAGAAGAGCCACCGAGAGUGUCUGAUUUGGGUAGCUGUGGCAGCUGCAGGUGCCCUCGAACAGUCUGAACUGUUAUCUGCCAUGAGUAUGGUGUUGGAUCAGACUUUGGACAAAUAUCCCGAAGAGACCGCUCAGUGGGAGACACUGGAGGGAAUACUGAAGAAAUAUCUGUGGAACGAUCUUCUGGCACAGCAUUGGAAAAGAUGCUGGGGAAAAGCUAUGCAUCGGCGGUCGAAUGCACGAUAG